AUGUUACUCUGCAAGAUUAGUGAUUCACUGAAUGUCAAGCGGUCCGAGCGCAUGAACUCCAAGGCGUGGACGGUCGCACGCUGUUUACAAGCUUGGGUGGCCUCCAUGUGUGGAUUUGACAACCCAUUGAAUUUUCUCCUCCUUUGGGGCUCGUUAAACGAGAGAGGCAAUGUGCUUGGCGCUAUCCGUACCGGAAAAGCUCGAGUACGGAAACAGAACACCUAUCAGCUCUGUCCGCAACCAUUCUAUACAUUUGCUAGGCAUCGAGCUACUCUGAAAGAAUUUACUCAAGGUAAAAUUGAGACCUAUCUCAAGGAGGCACAACUGGCCGAAAAUGGAACAAUCACACCACCAUUUACGGAAUGGCUAAAUUCGUUACGUGAUGCAAUAGUUGUACGCCAGCAACGACUAUUUCCCAGACAUAAAAUUGUGGUUCAUGGAAUUAUUGGCACAGUUGGGUCAAAUGAGCCCACCGUGAACUUUGCCACACAAACUUUCAUGGCACCAAACUGUGGGGAUGACUUUUUCGGUGUCAGCUAUAAAACAUCCGAGCUCUUCGCAUCGGUGAUGGUUGUUGGAUUUGCGUUGGACUGA